UUAAUUUUUAAAGUAGCUUCCAUUAAAUUCCGCGACAAUUGCAAAAUCUGUAUGAAUUACAGAAAAUCUAAUGAAUCCCUGUGGUUCUCUACGCAAGCACCAAUUUUUUAAGCUAUAUAGUUGCAGAUGCCUGAAUAAGAUUUUCAAAUUCUCUGGUCCCAGAUCAUGUAUGGACGGACAUGAGCGAUUUAGUUUGAGAUCUUGUGGGUAAUGUCAACGAAGAGCACGGAGAUAAGCAGAAAAAACAAUGGAUAAAUGGAAGAAAAAUAGCAGCAGAACUAAAGUAUGUAAAAUCAAGACAAGUACGAUCCUUUCUCUAUCUCUGCUCCUUUUCGUCUUCUUCUUAACAUAUUAUUCUCUACCUACAUCAAGAUCAACAAAUUCAGCAGCAAUUAUAGCAGGGGAGCUCCCUCAAUGCACUGCCAGAUACAAGUACAGGCCAGAUUCAUUGAAGUGGCUUCCCAAGGACGAGAAAUACAUGUGGUUUGCACCUCACAGUGGCUUCAGCAAUCAGGUUUCAGAGUUCAAGAAUGCUCUGUUGAUUGCAGGAAUAUUGAACAGAACCCUCAUCAUUCCCCCCAUCAUGGAUCAUCAUGCUGUGGCUUUAGGAAGCUGCCCAAAAUUCAGAGUUAAACCUGCUCACGAACUUCGGAGCGCUGUGUGGGAUCACAUCAACUCUCUAAUGAAAAAAUCUAGGUAUGUUUCUAUGGCAGAUAUCAUUGAUCUGUCCGGGCUAAUAUCUUCAUCCCUGGUGAAAGUAAUUGAUCUUCGGAUCUUUGUUUCACUUUGGUGUGGUCUAGAUAUAAGGUCAUCAUGUUCUGGAAGCCUUUGCCAUAGCUUAGCUGAAACGAUUCAAGCAUGGGGCAGUUAUAAAAAAUGUGGGGAGCUGUUGUCGGGUCUCAUAAGAAAUACACCACAUUGUGUGUAUGGAGUUGAAGAGGAUUGCAGAACAACAGUAUGGACAUACCAAGAGGAGUUUGAUAAUACAAUGGACUCAUUUCAGCCUGAUGACAGCUUGAGAAUGAAAAAGAAAAUUAAUUAUAGUAGAAAGCGUCGAAACAUAGAUAAAGCUCUUGGGCAUGGAUCAAAAGCAGAUCAUGCCACUGUUCUUCUCUUUGGGACCCUUUUCACUGCACCUUACAAAGGCUCAGAGCUAUAUAUUGACAUCCAUAAGGGUCCUAAAGAUGAACGGAUAGGAUCUUUGCUAGAGAAGACUGAGUUUCUUCUAUUUGCCCCAGAGAUCUUAAAUGCUGGGAAAGAGUAUGCCAGAGAAAGGAUAAAGGAACCUUUUCUUUGUGCUCAACUCAGAAUGCUGGAUGGCCAGUUCAAGAAUCAUUGGCAAACUACUUUUUCUGCAUUGAAGGAUAAGCUGAAAAAUGUACAAAAUCAGUUCCAGGGAAAGCACAAAGCAGUGGAUAUUUUUCUUAUGACAGACCUUCCAGAAUCAAAUUGGACAGGAACAUAUUUAGGAGAUCUGGCUGCGGAUUCAAGAUCCUAUAAAUUGCAUGUCUUGAAUGAAAAGGAUGAUUUUGUUGUAAACACUUCUAGAAAGUUUAUUACUAGAGAAUACGGAUUUAGAUCAGGAGUUUCCCAACAUUUUCUUAAGAGACUGAGUACAAAUGGAAAAUAUUCGCCAAGGGUGUUGCCUGAUAUUCUUCUUUAUAUAGAAGAGACGAUCUGUAGUUGUGCUUCCGUAGGUUUCGUUGGAACUGUUGGAUCUACUAUUGCUGACAACAUAGAACAAAUGAGGAAACAUAAUGUAUGCUCCUUAUCAUUGGGCUAAUUUUUUAGCAAAUGAUUAGGCCCUUAUUCUCAUAUUAAGUUGUCAUCAUCCAUUUCAUAGGUAGAAGUGGACAUCAUUCAACCCAUAGGAUCUUUGCUUUCUUUGCAAUAUAGUUGAUCUAUUCGUUUAUUAAAUUAUUUCCUUUCAAUAAAAUCUGGACUAUACUCAUAGUGUUGAGGCAA